UCCAUCUCCACCCUGCAUCUCCAUCUCCACCCUGCAUCUCCAUCUCCACCCUGCAUCUCCACCCUCCAUCUCCACCCUCCAUCUCCACCCUGCAUCUCCAUCUCCACCCUGCAUCUCCAUCUCCACCCUGCAUCUCCAUCUCCACCCUGCAUCUCCAUCUCCACCCUGCAUCUCCAUCUCCACCCUGCAUCUCCAUCUCCACCCUGCAUCUCCAUCUCCACCCUGCAUCUCCAUCUCCACCCUGCAUCUCCAAGAUGCUUAUAUGAAUGACAUCAGAGCGGAAUUGAUUCUAAUCCUUAACUCAGAACACAUAGAGUCCUCUCUUACUCCGACGACACAAUGCGCAGAAGUCCCAUUUAGCAGGAGGGAUGGGGCAGGACAACAUGAGUCUAAAGAGGGACAAGCUGUUGGAUGGACUGGAACAGAGUUUAUACACCCUAACCAAGGACAACUUAUGUUACCUGUGCGUUCGUUGUGGAAUAGGAUCCGAGGAUCGGUUCAAAGGUAAAGAAAACAGUGAACGCACGCUGCGGCGUCAAAUCAUGGAGGAAAUCUGGGAAAAUGAGGAUUCAAAGUCUUGGUUACUCCGACUGAAAGAGGACAUCAGAGGUAUACAGGAGGAUGGUAUACAGGAGGAUGGUAUACAGGAGGAUGGUAGACAGGAGGAUGGUAGACAGGAGGAUGGUAGACAUGUAACCGUGAGCUCCAGUGCAUCAAGCAGCGUGUCCUCGAGUCCCAGCCAGUCUGAUGGUGAUGGGGACGCUGCAGACUGCCGUGAAGCUGGGAAGCCUCGACAGUCGGAAGUGACUCAGCGAACACACACUGGAGAGAAGCCUUACUGUUGUAGUCAGUGUGGGAAGACAUUCACACAGUCAGGAAGCCUGGCAACUCAUCUGAGAACACACACCGGAGAGAAACCGCAUAGCUGUGAUGUAUGUGGGAAGACUUUUAACGUAGCCUUCAAUCUGAACCGACACCAGCGAACACACACUGGAGAGAAACCCUACAGCUGUGAGAAGUGUGGGAAGAGCUUUUCUCAGUCAGGCCUACUGGCCAGCCACCGUCGUUCGCACACAGGAGAGAAACCGUAUGUCUGUGAUCAGUGUGGGCAGAGCUUUGUCAAUCCGGGAUCCCUGGCAAAGCACAAGCGAAAACAACAUGCUGGAGAGAAGCCUUACAGCUGUGCGGAUUGUGGGAAGAGUUUCUUUGAAUCACAUACCCUGGCUAACCAUCGGAGGACACACACAGGAGAGAAGCCUUACAGCUGUGAUCUAUGUGGGAAAAGUUUUGCUCUGUCAGGAACCCUGAUUAAACAUAAGCUGACUCAUACAGGAGAGAAACCGUACUGCUGUGACCGGUGUGGGAAGAGCUUCCGUGAAUCAGGCAGGUUGAAAGUUCACCAGAGAAUGCACACUGGAGAGAAACCUUACGGCUGUGAUCAAUGUGGGAAGAAAUUUGGUCAUUCGCAACACCUGAAAGAACACCUGCGAACGCACACAGGAGAGAAGCCAUUUAGCUGUGAUCAGUGUGAGAGGAAAUUCACUCAACCACAACACCUGAAAUCCCACAUGAGAACACACACUGGAGAGAAGCCGUUUGUCUGUGAUCAGUGUGAGAAGGGAUUCGCUCAUUCGCAACAACUCAAAGCACACCUGCGAAUGCACACCGGAGAGAAACCUCAUAUCUGCGAUCAGUGUGAGAAGAAAUUCGCUCAUUCGCAACACCUGAAAGAUCACAUGCGAACACACACAGGAGAGAAGCCGUACAUCUGUGGAGAAUGUGGAAAGAGCUUUGCUAGAACAGGAACAUUGAAAGUGCACCAGAAAUCACACGCAACAGGUGAAGUGUGUACCAAUCUGCCUCCCCAGGAUCAGUUCCAGAACCCUCAAAUAAAUCUGAACAGCACAAAGUUCCAGAUCCAUCUGCCUUCCCAGGAUCAGUUCCAGAACCCUCAAAUACAUCUGAACAGCACCAAGUUCCAGAUCCAUCUGCCUCCCCAGGAUCAGUUCCAGAAUCCUCAAAUAAAUCUGAACAGCACAAAGUUCCAGAUCCAUCUGCCUCCCCAGGAUCAGUUCCAGAAUCCUCAAAUAAAUCUGAACAGCACAAAGUUCCAGAUCCAUCUGCCUCCCCAGGAUCAGUUCCAGAAUCCUCAAAUAAAUCUGAACAGCACAAAGUUCCAGAUCCAUCUGCCUCCCCAGGAUCAGUUCCAGAACCUUCCAUAAACUCAGAAAAGUCCAAAGUUCCGCUGCUGGACUCCUCUGGCACUAGGCAUUAUGACACCUGUCUAUUCUAUAUAUAUAAUAUAUAUGCGGUAAAGAGGUGAAUGGAACUCGACCAAAACAAUAGAAAUGCCAUGGAUACAGGUGGGAGAAAGAUGCCAUGGACACAGGUGGGAGAAAGAUGCCAUGGACACAGGUGGGAGAAAGAUGCCAUGGACACAGGUGGGAGAAAGAUGCCAUGGACACAGGUGGGAGAAAGAUGCCAUGGACACAGGUGGGAGAAAGAUGCCAUGGACACAGGUGGGAGAAAGAUGCCAUGGACACAGGUGGGAGAAAGAUGCCAUGGACACAGGUGGGAGAAAGAUGCCAUGGACACAGGUGGGAGAAAGAUGCCAUGGACACAGGUGGGAGAAAGAUGCCAUGGACACAGGUGGGAGAAAGAUGCCAUGGACACAGGUGGGAGAAAGAUGCCAUGGACACAGGUGGGAGAAAGAUGCCAUGGACACAGGUGGGAGAAAGAUGCCAUGGACACAGGUGGGAGAAAGAUGCCAUGGACACAGGUGGGAGAAAGAUGCCAUGGACACAGGUGGGAGAAAGAUGCCAUGGACACAGGUGGGAGAAAGAUGCCAUGGACACAGGUGGGAGAAAGAUGCCAUGGACACAGGUGGGAGAAAGAUGCCAUGGACACAGGUGGGAGAAAGAUGCCAUGGACACAGGUGGGAGAAAGAUGCCAUGGACACAGGUGGGAGAAAGAUGCCAUGGACACAGGUGGGAGAAAGAUGCCAUGGACACAGGUGGGAGAAAGAUGCCAUGGACACAGGUGGGAGAAAGAUGCCAUGGACACAGGUGGGAGAAAGAUGCCAUGGACACAGGUGGGAGAAAGAUGCCAUGGACACAGGUGGGAGAAAGAUGCCAUGGACACAGGUGGGAGAAAGAUGCCAUGGACACAGGUGGGAGAAAGAUGCCAUGGACACAGGUGGGAGAAAGAUGCCAUGGGGGGAAAGAUCCCGAAUCUCCUCAUGGUCCCCUCACUAUAUGUUGAGGUAAGAAUCAGAGUAUAAUGUUUGUAUGGAUGUCAACCCCUAACACAUAUUCCUGUCAUCAUCACCAAAUCAACUGCAUUACAGUAACAAAAGGACUUUGACGAACACAGAUCGUUGAUGCUACAAGCUCAUAAGAGCCAGGAUGUUAGCGUUCAGCAGUUACUUCUUCUCAACAGGGAAAGGGACAACUUCAAAAAUGUGUCAUGCAGAGGAAACAGACAAAUAUUUCGAAACCACUUUGUGGGCCUGUUACAUCACAAAUCACACAACGGAUUGGACGAAUAUAUCCACUUGGUUGGAUCAGAUUUGUUGAAUGUGAGCCAACGACGCAGUCACAGCGUCCUGCGUUCCAGUGACCUCUUUUCCCACAUCUGUGCUUGAAUCCAGUUCUACAGAUUCUGAAUUUGGUUUUAAUUUAUUAUAUAUGAACAUUCCACCCCCCUCCUCCAAAUUCACUGUGUACAGAAACAUUGGUUCAUUAAAAUCAUUGAGUUAC